CAAACGCGCGCGCUCACCUGGCACCUUAGGCCGCAGUGUUCAGUUUUCACUCGAGCAGCUUUAGUCACUCGUGCGCCAACUCCCGAACGCGUCGUGUGCCAAGAUGCAGACGGUAGUGUAGUACCGAAACUCACGAGAACGGUCCUUCUCUUCUUCUUCGUUAGGACUCGGCUGCUCUUCCAACGUUUUCUUUUACACUUCUUUGCGCUUUUUUUUUUUUUUUUUUCUUAAUUCGAACUUGUCGUAGACUUGCAAGCUAGAAGCAGAUAUGUUGCUGGACAUCGAUCUUCCACCUGCCAGUGGUGAGUGCCGGUAUGCCAAGCAGUCAAUCGCAAACGAGUCCAACAAUAACAAUCAGAUCACCGAGACGUUCGACGCGAGUGGACGCAUCAUUACCAAGCACACUCCCCUCCAGCAGUUCUACGCCAAUCAAUCAAUUUUCAUCACAGGCGGAACGGGCUUCCUCGGGAAAAUCCUGUUAGAGAAGCUGCUGCGUAGCUGCUCGGAUCUGAAAUGCAUCUACCUCUUGGUGCGCCCAAAGAAGGACAAGAGCGUCGAGACGAGAAUGGAGGAGAUGUUCAAAGAUCCAAUAUACGAGCGUCUGAGAGAGGCUAUGCCGAAAUUUCAUCACAAAGUCGUGGCCGUCGCCGGCGACUGCAGUAUCCAAGGCCUGGGACUUUCUACGCCCGACAGAGAUUUGCUGAUGCGCGACGUAUCGAUAGUAUUUCACGUAGCGGCGACAGUCCGCUUCGAUGAGAAACUAAAACUCGCGACGGCGAUCAACAUCCAAAGUACCGCUGAUGUCAUCGACUUGUGCAAAGACAUGGGAAAAUUGAAGGCUUUCAUCCACGUCUCGACGGCAUACGCGAACUGCAUAUCGCACGAGAUCAGCGAAAAGUUCUACGAUUAUCCAAUUAAAAACGAGGAGCUACUCAGCCUCUUGAAUUGUUUACCCGAGGAGACCGUCAAUGAGAUUUGUCCCAGGAUAAUUUCACCGUGGCCAAACACGUACGCCUUCACCAAGGCGAUUGCCGAGGACCUCAUUAGGUGCAGAAACAAGAGUUUGCCCAUGGGCAUUUUUAGGCCUGGAAUUGUUAUAUCAACAGCUUUCGAGCCGAUUCCUGGCUGGAUUGAUAACUUUUACGGGCCAACGGGAAUAGCAGCCGGGGUAUCCACGGGUUUACUACGCACGAUGCACUGCAAUCCCGAAAUCAAUGCCAAUAUCGUACCGGUUGAUCUCACAGUCAAUGCCUUGAUAGCCAGUGCGUGGGACGUAGCACAGCAAACUGCCAGAAGGGAUGAAGAGAUGCUGAUAUACAAUUUCGUAUCGGCCUGUGAGGCUCCAGUAACCUGGCAAGACUUCAAGGUCAUCAACACAAAGUACGCAAACGAGUACCCGAUGAGCGAUGCCUGUUGGUACGUGUCGUUUAACGUGAACAAAAGUAAAUUCGUCAAUUCCGUCUACGUCGUUUUCCUUCAUCUCGUGCCUGCCUUCAUAAUCGACACCUUUACAAUAUUUUUAAGACGGAAGCCAAGGUUGCUGAAGAUGUACGAAAAGAUUCACAAGUUCAUUGGCGUCAUCUCUUACUUCAGCACAAACCAGUGGGAAUUCACGAAUAACAACGUACAAGACAUGUGGACGCGAAUGGAUCCGCGAGACCGACAGAUGUUCUACUUCACCAUGCAAAACUUCGACUGGCACGAGUAUUUUAAAAACUAUGUCAAGGGUAUCCGGGUUUAUUUGUUUAAGGAUGACCUGAAAACUUUGGAAGCCAGCAAGAAGAAAUGGCAAAAACUCUACUGGAUGCACCAAAUCGUCAAAGGAUUGGUCACAACUUUCGGCUUUUGGUUCUUAUGGCAUUUAGUGUCCACGGUGUUCAAGUGACAUGCUUUAGCGUACAAAAGAAUACAUUUUUUUUAAGGACUAAUGUUUAAGUCGAUAUGUUAAAGCGCUUGGGCGUGACUGUAAAUAUUUUUUUGUAUGAAAUUUCGAAAAUUUCUUUUGCUUUUUGUAUUGAAAAUAAGAAUGAUUAUAUUGUUGUUAUGUCACGUUGACGAUAAGUUGACGCGACAAAAAAUAUAUUGUGACAUUAUAAAAGUUAUAAAAAGAAACCAGAUAGAUAUAAGACUAUAUCUAAAUUUACAACCGUGUUUAGUAUCAUUACACAUUAUAACUACCUCAGAUUCCAAAACCGUCGAACAAAUUAAAAUAGCUAGUUCGACAAUGUGAAUACAGACGCAAAUUUUUAAUUACUUUGAUAUCGGUUACUCGUCAUCCAACUGAUUAUUGGUUUAUAAGGAAUAGAUACGAGGUGCUCGCAGCUUCUAUUUUACUUAUGAACAUAUAUGAAUUGUAAACAUUAUUAAUCAUGUAUUACACAAAAUAUAAGUUUAUAACGGUAAUUUGAAUAAAUGUAGAUCUAUGUAAAUAUAAAAUAUACAUAUUUUCACUACAUAUUGGGAUUUCUAAAAUUUUCAACUACUUUACUUUAUAAUUUAUGGCGUAGUUUUUUCAAGUUCCGAGUUUUCCACCAAU